AUGCAGUAUGCUAUCGCACUGGAAGAUGUCUACAACUUCGAUGAAACCGGCUUCGCUAUGGGGCUAGUAGCUACUGCUAAAGUAGUUACUAGAGCUGAGAUGUCUGGGAAGCCCUUUCUUGUACAGCCAGGCAAUCGGGAAUGGGUUACCUCUAUCGAAUGUAUCAACUCUACUGGAUGGGCGCUUCCUCCAUGUAUUAUUGUCAAAGGAAAGGUCCAUAUAGAGGGCUGGUAUCAAGAUGAGGCCUUACCACGCGACUGGAGGAUUGAAGUCAGUAGUAAUGGAUGGACUACUGAUGAGAUUGGGCUUCGUUGGCUUCAAAAUCUCUUUAUUCCUGCUACUACUGGCCGUACGACUGGGAGAUAUCGCUUGCUUAUUCUUGAUGGCCAUGGCAGCCAUCUUACGCCUCAAUUCGACCAGAUAUGCAGUGAGAAUGAUAUUAUUCCUAUCUGCAUGCCUGCUCAUUCAUCACAUCUCUUACAGCCUUUGGAUGUUGGCUGCUUUUCGCCUCUAAAGCGCGCGUACGGACGUUUAGUGGAAAACAAAAUGCGCUUAGGAUUCAACCAUAUUGAUAAGCUUGACUUUCUCGAAGCUUAUCCUCAAGCGCGUGCAGAGAUCUAUACUACUAGUAAUAUUAGUAGUGGAUUCUCUGCAACUGGUCUAAUUCCUUUUAAUCCGGAGAGGGUACUCAGUCAGUUGAAUAUUCAACUUAAGACCCCUACACCACCCGGCAGUCGAUCAACUAAUUCAGCACCUAAAACACCCUAUACUACUAGGCAGCUAGAGAAGCAGGCAUCCACAGUGAAAAAGCUGCUUAAAGCGCGUGCGCAGAGCCCUUCAUCUUCGCUAGAAACGCGAUUAGACAAGCUUAUUAAAGGUCAUGAAUUGCAUCUUAAUGAGCUUAUUCUAGCACGGAAAGAAAUAGGCGAUUUACGCGCUUCUAAUGAGAAGCAGCGUCGAAAGCGAAAGCGCUCUACUAGACAGCUAGCUACUACAGAGGGUAUGACUAUUCAGGAAGGCUCAGAGCGAUUCCAGCGUGAGAAUGAGGUUCAUGAAGCUCAGGAUACUAUCUCUAUAGAUCCAGCGCUUUCUGCAGUUGGGCCACGCGUACGAGCUCCACCACAAUGUUCUGAUUGCAAUACUUUGGGACAUAAAAGGACUAGUUGUCCUAAUCGCAAUAGUAAUUAG